GGUAAACGAAAAAAAAUAUUCAGGACACCAAUGCUGACUUACGCUUCGCGGCUCUUCGGUACCUGCGGGUCUUCUCCCUCCUCUGCUUCCAAGAUCAGCGCAGCUCGUGCUCCCAUGGCGUCUCCUUCCUCAGUUAGGAUCGCAGUCGUCGGCGACGUUCACGACCAAUGGAAUCUUGAAGAAGAUACUAAAGCGCUCCAGUUCUUGAAGCCAGAUUUGGUGCUCUUCACAGGUGAUUUUGGCAACGAGAAUGUCGAACUUGUUCGAAAUGUUGCAAAACUUGAUUUUGCAAAAGCUGUAAUAUUGGGAAACCAUGAUUCCUGGAAAACGCAGCAAUUCUCUGGAAAGAGAAAAGAUAAUAUUCGGCAGCAGCUAGAAUGGUGAGUAGUUCAGGUUUCUGAACCGAGCUAGCACGUGUUAGGCCCUGACCACACUCUUCCUUGGCAACAGCUUGGGUUGGUCCGCCGCGGCCCUCACCCCCUUCUCAUUUUCCCUUAUGGGACACAGCACCAUCAGGUCCAUUGUUUGAAAUCUUCCUUGUUUCUCCGGGUAGUACCAUCAAUGUAGCAGUUGCUGGAACGUCAGGGGAAUCUGAGGGAAUAUUCUCCUCCACCAAAGCAGCAAAAUGUGAUCCAUAUCCCGAUUCUUUCGCCUGACUAUGCGACUCCUUUCCCCCAAUAGGUCCUGAUCUUCCUGCAUGUUGCCUUGAUUUGCGGUUUUUUCCCUGGACGUGCAUCCAUAGCCCAAAGGCUGUAGCAUCGGCCGAAGCCGCCACCCCUUGGCCAUCCUCCGCCGCCCACUGGCAAUCUUGCCUUCCUUCAAUCUUCCUCUAGUACUCUCAUUUUGUUCCAUCAUUAAGGACAUCAUCUCUACUUCCUGGUCACCGCCUUCCCCAAUCACCUGGUUCGUGGCAUCCAUCGAUAAGCAUGUCUCCUUCCCGUGUCUGUAUCGGCCACACUGGAAAUAGAUGAGGUGUAGCCCCUCGUACUCCACCUAAUAUUUCUUGCCAUUGACAUAAUUGCUGGCACCAACGGCUGCCCGAAGUCUACCCAAUGCAGAGGCGGGUGUAGUUUCCCCGAAUGAGACCUUGAGUAUGCUUAUCAAUGACCCAAUGCAUAACCAAUUCGACGUAAUGAUAGGUUAGUGUAGUAGUCCAUUGGCAAGUCUGGAAUUCGUACCCACACUGCAGUCUUAGCAAUCCUCGACACCGGGGGGUCAAAAUCAUGGGUCCACUCCUGAACCGUCAAAUAAUGCCCUUGUAUGAUCCACGGUCCUUCGAAUAUCACCCACUCCUUGGCAACCUGGCCGCGUAGAAAUUGUUUGGUAGGUCCACAAGGUCGAAAUGGCGAUCAGACUACACAGCUAGUCAAGCCUCCUCUUUAGCGUGGUGUAUCCAACAUUCCUACCUAACACCUUGAUGAUGAUAAAGCCUCCGAAUCGAGAUCGCAGGCAAGAGAGUUCCUCCUCGGUGUGUAAGAUCCUCAAUCGUAAGGGGUUCAUAAAGUCAACUAUCGACUUGGCCUUCUCCUCAGAUUUCGAACCCCCCAUAAAUAUGCCACUGCCCGCUCCAGUCUGGCUCCCCAGUAGCGCUACCGCGUAGCCCACCUUUAGGCCAUUUCCCACCCCCUCCGCACCUUUGGGUUGGCUUGAUUGAUUUGGGAUCAUUUAAGUGGACUUGAUGCUAUACAGGAAGCAAUCAAUUGACGAGGGCUUGAGUGAUGGAUGCCAGCUCCAUAGCAAUUGAGUUUCAGUUUAGCUAGUGCACUUUCCCAAGUUCUGACAUAGACAGGCAAUGAUGGAAGCACAUGGACGCUUGGUUCGCGCAGAUGGUGAAGGCAGGCAUUGACCUAAAGGACUAACCUUUUGCCAGUUUGAGCCUCAAAAAUCCAAAUCCACUUCCUCAACUUCCUCGACAUAAGGAGCGGUCUGCCUGCGCAGUAAGGCCGCGCCGGGAUUAUUUGCCAAGUUCUGGAGUAAACCCAACUGAAUGCGCAUGCACAUGCUGUUUAUGAGCAGCCUCAGACAACCAAGAUUUGUACUUGCGGGAUGAGCUAUGUAGAUCUCAACCUAUCGAGAGAAACCACUCGAUCCCAGGACAUAGAAAGCUCUUGGCAAUACCAGGCACAAGCUUUGCAUCGAAACAAUGGCUAUCUGUACACAGAUAUGAUAAAUAUUACAAUGUAGAUCACAUUGGAAGCAUCAUUAUCCUCCAAAUGACUGUUGGCAAAUUCAUGAAAUCUCCACAGUAGAUUGAUUAAGAUUUCAUAAUAUACAACAGAAAAACAUUGUACAUUUGAACUUCACAUUCUUUUCUCAUCCUUAAGGACGCUCUUAUAGGCUGCAAAAGGUCUUCUUUUUCUUCAAGCUAAUUGAGCAAAACCAAGCCCUUAUACACCAACAAAACUCGAGACCCAGUUGCAGAGGACAGCAUGGUCUACCAUUCAGGGCAGGCAAAAACGGAACAAGCGAAAAGCUGUACAAUUUCCUUAUUUUUUGUACGAGAGAUUUGAGAUAUAACAUAUAAUCAUAUAUUGUAAAGAUACGAGAUUGGGCUGAAAAGCUUGCGUUUGUUAUUGAUUC